AUUAUAGCAGACGCCGAUCGAGCAACAGCAGCACACCGCAUCGAGUGUUCCGAGUUGAUAUUUUCUUUUUCUUUUUUUUUUUUGUCCUGUGUUUUGUGUUCAUAUCCGAAAUCGGGAAGAUGGCGAGCGUCAAAUCGACGAAUAACGCUCACGCGGAGAACGAGAAGUUGAUCAAGGAGGAGAUCAUCCCGAACCUGGUGCACGAUCGCUUCUUCUGUCCGCCAGGCUCGCGCGAGUUCGUCGAGCUGCUCUCGGUGAAGGUCGAGCCCUGCGAGAACACCGUCGACAAGUACAAGUGCUGCAUCGUGCUCGAGUUCUCGGGCGAGCCGCGCACCCUCUACUACACCUGCGACACCAAGUUCAGCGACGACUCGGACAGGCAGACGGAGAGGAACAAGUUGCACAGGAUGCUGAUACCGCGCUAUCCGAAGCUCGACAUCUUUCCCAAGUACAUCGUCACCGAGCAGCCGUUCACUCGGGAUCGCGUGCUGGUGGCCGAGGACGCGGAGGAGCUCGGCCUGGUGUGCAUCGCGCAGCGAGCCUGGAACAAGGAGGAGGCCGAGGCCAUCGCCAAGGUACUGGCCAAAUUUCACGCCGAGGGCAUGAGACUGAUCAAGGAGGACCCGGAGCUGUCCUGGUUCGAUCGCGCCUGCUGCAACGACAUGAAGACCGCCGACGGCAUCUCCAGUCGAGACUUCGAGGAAUUCGCGAACGAGGUGCUGAGCGAGAUGAAGAGCACCAACAAACCCGCCGCGGAGAUCGAGGCGUUCGAGCGCUUCAUGAGCGAGAUCCCGGGCUGGAAGCCGUCCGGCAAGCCGGAGCUGCGCACCAUCGUCCAGGGCAGCGUGCUGCGCAAGAAGGUCGCCCUCAAGCAGACGUUCGGCCAGCACGGCAUGAGAUUCGUCGACUGGACGGAGAUCGAGUUGUACGGCUCGUGCGCCCUCGACCUGUCGCUGCUGCUCUUCCAGACGCCCUGCGAGGGCUUCGACGAGGUCCUCGACGCCUACUGCGACACGCUGCGCGCCCAAGCGCCCGAGGUGCCCAUCGAGGAUCUCAAGGACGAGGUGCACACGAUCGGUUUCGUGUACGCGAUGUACAAGAAUUUCCGCGAGAGCAGGACGCCCUCGUUCAGGGUGCUCGAGAAGUUUCUGUCCGAUGAGAAAUUCUGAAAAAAAAACGCGCGAUGGCCCGCGACGUAUAAUUAUAAGCUGAUGAGAAACGAAUUUUCGUUGAAUUAAUGUAUAUGCCAAUGACGAAGCUGUUUUCUCUUGCUAUUAUUUUUGUUUUUUUUUUAGAGAGAAAAUAAUAUUUAUGUAAAUACGUUAUGAAUUUUCACAUUAUUUUUACGAUUGAAUCAAAUAAAUU